AUGUGUACGUCCACCUAUAAAACUGCAAAACAGCCCUCUUCGGGGAACACCACGGGCGACUAUCUUCCUCCUUUUAUCACGGAUCGAAGACAUCUUUCUGCUCGCGAGAUUGUGCAAGAUAUAUGGGUCAACAGCCUAAAGCUACCAUCAGAAUCCCUAGUAGCGUUGGAUAUUUUGGACCAUGAUGGGCCUGUUCUCCCUUCGUCUUACAGGAUCGGUAUCUUUGCCCAGAGCACCAUUGCAACGUCAGCUCUCGCUGCGUCACUUCUCUACUGUCGUCGCAAUCAACUAUCUUCUCUAGCCCGUGUUAGUGUGCCGAUAAAGCAUGCAGCCAUCGAAUUUAAGUCUGAGCGUCUAUACACUUUGAACAACCAGCCACCUUUAUCGUCGUGGGGAGCUAUCGGAGGACUGCACAAGACUGCUGACGGCUUCAUCCGGGUCCACGACGUCUUCCCUAAUCAUGUAUCUAGUAUGCUCAACAUUCUUCGGCUGCCCAGCGAUACUACCCGUGAGCAGGUCGCCACCAAAAUCGCCAACUGGGCAAGCGUCGACUUAGAGGAUAAAGCAACAGCGCAUGACAGAGCUGCAGCCUACGCCCUCCGGUCAUAUGCACAAUGGGACGAGCUUCCCCAAUCCAAGGAAAUAGGAAAUAAACCAGUUCUGUUAGAACGACUCCAGGAACUUCCCAUAUCAAAAACUACCCCCCGUAGGCAGAUUUCCGGUACAAGCAGUAAAACAUGUCUGGAAGGCGUUCGGGUUUUGGAAAUGAGUCGAGUCAUUGCAGCACCAGUCGCUGGGAAGGCCCUUGCUGCUCACAAUGCCGAUGUCUUAUGGGUGACCUCUCCCAACCUACCCGACCUACCUGACCUUGAUCGAGACUUGGCUCGCGGCAAGCGAACCAUACAGCUAGAUAUUCACAACGAAGUAGACAAGCAGCGUCUGAUGGACCUUUUGCGCACCUGCGAUGUUUUUAUACAGAGCUUUCGUCCAGGAAGCCUGGCAGCUUAUGGACUUGGUCCAGAAGAACUCGUUCGGCUGAAUCCCAACAUCAUCUGCGCCAACCUGUCAGCUUUCGGCCCCAAAGGUCCUUGGUCAGGCCGUCGAGGUUUUGAUUCACUGGUACAAACUUGCUCCGGUAUGAAUUUGUCUGAAGCUGAACACGCAAACACAGGUGAAUUCACCCGAGCGACGCCCUGUCAAGCGCUUGAUCAUGCAAGCGGAUAUCUACUCGCUAGCGGCAUCAUGGCCGCUUUGUAUCAUCGUGAUAUGGAAGGCGGUGCUUGGAAGGUUGACGUCUCUUUAGCCAGAGCGAUGCAGUAUUUGAGGAGCCUAGGCCAAUAUCCAGGCACAACCGGGUUUGACUGUCGAGAUUAUAAGUCCCAGGAUGAUUUGCCUGGAGAGUAUCUUGAAACUCGAGAAACAGGAUUUGGUCUUAUGACCGCCGUCAAACACAGUGCAACCAUCCAAGGCUGUGACGUUGGUUGGCGAGAAAUGCCUAAGCCGUUGGGGUCAGAUAUGACGGAGUGGAAGUAG